CAUUCAUUGUUAACAGUCAUAAGUUUAACCCGGGUACUAACCCUAGUUAACUCAGCCUCUCAUUCCUCAGCUAUAUAAGAACCCUUUCGGUGUGCUCUCAAAAAUAUCUUCAAGCAAUCUUUCGCCUUUACACCAUCUCAGUCCCAAUUUCAGUGUUUCUUCCAUGGCUUCCUCAGAUGUUGAGUACCGGUGCUUCGUUGGUGGUCUAGCAUGGGCCACUGACAGCGAUGCCCUAGAGAAAGCUUUCUCUCAAUACGGUGAAAUCGUCGACUCGAAGAUCAUUAACGAUCGUGAGACUGGAAGGUCAAGAGGUUUUGGAUUUGUGACCUUUGCCACGGAGCAAUCCAUGAGAGAUGCGAUCGAAGGGAUGAACGGUCAGGACAUGGAUGGACGUAACAUCACAGUAAACGAAGCUCAGAGCCGUGGUAGCGGUGGAGGCGGCCGUGGUGGUGGCGGUGGAUAUGGAGGUGGACGUGGUGGUGGUGGAUAUGGUGGAGGUGGAGGCUAUGGUGGCCGUCGUGAAGGUGGAGGAGGAGGAUACGGUAGUGGAGGAGGAGGAUAUGGUGGUGGUGGUUAUGGCGGAAGCCGGGAUCGUGGGUAUGGAGGAAGUGGUGGAGGAGGCGGUUAUUCUCGUGGAGGAGGCGGUGGCGGUGGAAACUGGAGGGAGUAGUGUUUUAGAUGGGUAUCGUUUAUGAUUAUUUAAGUUUAAUUCUAGAUGUUGAGAUCUACUGAUUGAUCAAUCUAGAUCUAGAAUUGGGUACUUGUUCUGUAAUGGAUCUGUUGUUCUGCACUGGAUCUGGUUUUCUGUGUCUUGUUUGUGUGUCUCUGAAUCAAGUGUAUCUCUGAAGCUGGUUGUGCAUAACGAUCAAUUGAAAAAAUAGUGAGAUAUUAGUGGUUACAGAUUUUGAUAAUGAAUUCGGUUUUCUUUUA